GGAGGCCUGGGAAGGGGCGGAGGAAGGAGACCAGAGCAGGAAGAGCAGCGGCGAGGCGGUGGCGGUGGCUGAGUUGGUGGUGGCAGAGGCGAAAGCGACAGCUCCAGGGGGUGGCAGCGGCCGCGAGAGCAGGAUGCGAGUCCGGGUUGGGCUGACGCUGCUGCUCUGUGCGGUGCUGCUGGGCUCGGCCUCGGCGUCCUCGGAUGAGGAAGGCAGUCAAGAUGAAUCCUUAGAUUCCAAGACCCCUUUGCCAUCAGAUGAGUCGUCGGUAAAGGACCACAGCACAGCAGGCAGAGUAGUCGCUGGUCAAAUCUUUCUUGAUUCAGAAGAAUCAGAAUUAGAAUCACCUAUUCAAGAAGAGGAAGACAGCCUCAGGAGUCAAGAAGCGGAAAGUGUCACAGAAGAAAUCAGCUUUCUAGAAUCUCCAAAUCCAGAAAACCAGGACUACGAAGAACCAUCGAAAGUACGGAAACAAGCUUUGACCGCCAUCGAAGGCACAGCACAUGGGGAGCCCUGCCACUUCCCUUUCCUGUUCCUGGAUAAGGAAUACGAUGAAUGUACAUCAGAUGGGAGGGAAGAUGGCAGAUUAUGGUGUGCUACAACCUAUGACUACAAGGCAGAUGAAAAGUGGGGCUUUUGUGAAACUGAAGAAGAAGCUGCUAAAAGACGGCAAAUGCAGGAAGCAGAAGUGAUGUACCAGACUGGGAUGAAGAUCCUCAAUGGAAGCAAUAAGAAAAGCCAAAAACGAGAAGCCUAUCGGUAUCUUCAAAAGGCAGCAGGCAUGAACCAUACCAAGGCCCUGGAGAGAGUGUCAUAUGCUCUUUUGUUUGGUGAUUACCUGACACAGAAUAUCCAGGCAGCUAAAGAGAUGUUUGAGAAACUAACUGAGGAAGGCUCUCCUAAGGGACAAACUGCCCUUGGCUUUCUCUAUGCCUCUGGACUUGGUGUCAAUUCAAGUCAGGCAAAGGCCCUCGUGUAUUACACUUUUGGAGCUCUUGGGGGCAACCUGAUAGCACACAUGGUUUUGGGUUACCGGUACUGGGCCGGCAUCGGAGUCCUCCAGAGCUGUGAAUCGGCACUGACUCACUAUCGUCUUGUUGCCAAUCAUGUUGCUAGUGACAUCUCACUGACAGGAGGCUCAGUAGUACAGAGAAUACGGCUGCCUGACGAGGUGGAAAAUCCAGGAAUGAAUAGUGGAAUGCUGGAAGAAGAUUUGAUUCAGUAUUAUCAGUUCCUAGCUGAAAAAGGUGAUGUACAGGCACAGGUUGGUCUGGGACAACUGCAUCUGCACGGAGGCCGUGGAGUAGAACAGAAUCAUCAGAGAGCAUUUGACUACUUCAAUUUAGCAGCCAAUGCUGGCAAUUCACAUGCUAUGGCCUUCUUGGGAAAGAUGUAUUCAGAAGGAAGUGAUAUUGUCCCACAGAGUAACGAGACAGCUCUUCACUACUUUAAGAAAGCUGCUGACAUGGGCAACCCAGUCGGUCAGAGUGGACUCGGAAUGGCUUACCUCUACGGGAGAGGAGUUCAAGUUAAUUAUGAUCUGGCACUAAAGUAUUUCCAGAAAGCUGCUGAACAAGGCUGGGUGGACGGGCAGCUGCAGCUUGGCUCUAUGUACUACAAUGGCAUUGGCGUCAAGAGGGAUUAUAAACAGGCCUUGAAGUAUUUUAACUUAGCUUCUCAGGGAGGCCACAUCUUGGCUUUCUAUAACCUAGCACAGAUGCAUGCCAGCGGCACAGGUGUGAUGCGAUCGUGUCACACGGCAGUGGAGUUGUUUAAGAAUGUGUGUGAACGAGGCCGGUGGUCAGAGAGGCUAAUGACUGCCUAUAACAGCUAUAAAGAUGGCGACUACAACGCCGCGGUGAUCCAGUACCUCCUGCUGGCCGAACAAGGCUAUGAAGUGGCACAGAGCAACGCAGCCUUCAUUCUCGAUCAGAGAGAAGCAACCAUUGUAGGUGAGAAUGAAACUUACCCCAGAGCUUUGCUGCACUGGAACAGGGCUGCCUCCCAAGGCUAUACAGUGGCUAGAAUUAAGCUUGGAGACUAUCAUUUCUAUGGAUUUGGCACUGACGUAGACUACGAGACUGCGUUCAUUCAUUAUCGUCUGGCAUCCGAGCAGCAACACAGCGCACAAGCCAUGUUUAAUCUGGGGUAUAUGCACGAGAAAGGACUGGGCAUUAAACAGGAUAUUCACCUUGCAAAACGUUUUUAUGACAUGGCGGCCGAAGCCAGCCCAGACGCACAGGUACCAGUCUUCCUAGCACUAUGCAAACUGGCUGUGGUGUAUUUCUUGCAGUACAUCCGGGAGACAAACAUUCGAGAUCUGUUCACCCAGCUUGACAUGGACCAGCUUUUGGGGCCUGAGUGGGACCUUUACCUCAUGACCAUCAUCGCUUUGCUGUUGGGAACAGUUAUAGCUUACCGGCAGAGGCAGCACCAGGACAUGCCUCUACCCAGGCCCCCAGGGCCACGGCCAGUGCCACCACAGCAGGAGGGGCCACCAGAGCAGCAGCCACCACAGUAACAGCCACUGUGUCCAGCCUUGAUCAGUGACAACCAAGGAAAUUGUUUGCUGAGAACACUUGCAUUUGAUUUAGGACUUCGGAUCAGUGGUCACCUCCUGGAAGAGGCACAAGGAAACAUUGAAUUCCUAAAGCUGCUUAGAAUCUGAUGCCUUUAUUUUCAGGGAUAAGUAACUCUUACCUAAACUGAGUUGAAUGUUUGUUUCAGUGCCGUAUGGAGUAACAACUCUCAGUGGCUUUCCCCCUCCCACCCCCCCAUUUUUUUUUCCUGGAAACAUGUGAGACGCAAUGUCUGCUGUACCCAGCUGUCUUUCUUGGGUCCUUUUGGUCAUUCUCUCAAUGUGCAUAAGUUCUUCUAUCAACCACCUUUAAGGUCUUGUGCAUCAACACUAAAAACUGAUCACUGUAAAAAGGAAAAACCAGUUAGUUGCAAGUUUAACCUUAACAUGUUUGAAAGUCUGAAAAUAGAACUUGCCUUUUAAGUAAAAAAAAAAAAAAAAAAGUCUUCAAAGUGUUUCAGAACUGCAAUAACUGAGAAACUUUUACCAAUCCAUGUGCAAGUAUACGUAUUCAACAUAUUAUUUUAAAAGGGAAGGCUGGGAGGUUUCUUCUUACUGGUGAUUGUCACACUUGAUACCGUACUUGUGUCCUUCAAAGACUGAAAGUCCUGUUAAAGAGUUUUACGUGAACUUCACUUCUCUGGAAUGAAAUAGAUGAAACAUUGUGAACUGACUCCUUGAGCUAACAUGUGAAUUUGCCCCACCUACUCGAUGUAAUUUGCUUGUUUGUUUUGAGUAUACAGAGCCUUGAUCCGGAAGCCAGAGGAUGGACUAAGUGGGAGAAAUUAGAACAAUACUAAAGAACUCUGGGUGGGGUACCAAAAUGAUAGACACACUUUCCCGAAAGAUGAAGCAUUUGUUCCCAGGGUUUAUUUUACUUUGCAUUUUUUUAUUGCAAAAGAACAGUUUGCACCCUCCUGAAUUCUUUAAAUUUGAAAUAUUAUUGCCAAGAUGUGGCACACAGUGACUACCAUUAUAAAACUAAAACUCUGAGAAUCUAAGAUAUAUUAAACUCAGUGGUUGAGGAAAGCCAAAGCCUGUUUAUACUGUUCAGGUAGAUUUUUACUUCUGCAGUUUUAUAUUACAGUAGAAAGUCAACCACUUUGUUAGCUGUCCUAUUCACCACCCUCCCACUGUUGACGUUAGGAAAAUCAAGGCCAUUAUACUUCAGAGUCUGGUUAAAUAGCGUGAAACACAACAACAAAGAAAACCGAGGAUUUCACAUACCAUACAAAUGAAGAAAUUUAAACCGAAUUUGUAUUUCUUUUUACUAUCAGAUGGUGGUAUUCACCAGCCUAUGUCUAGUCUGAGACUACAUUAGUAUCUGAGCAGGCUUUCUAUGCCUACUGACCUCAGUCUGUUUAUAUUAACCUUUAUACUCUUUCCGUAGGCCCUCAUCUGCCAGAAAACUUGAAGAGUUUAUUACCUGUAGAGUUGUAAGACUUUGGGUUUUGAAGUUGGGAUUGUAUUUAGAACUAGAUUUAGGUAGUCUGUAAUGAACACGAAGGCUUUAAAUGUGAAGUUGUAUGCUUUUCGUGUGUGUUUAGAGUAUUCUGAGAAACCUGGUAAGCAAAUUUUACACCCACGUAAUUGCUUCCAGAUUUGAAGAGGUGGCCACAGAGGGAACCAUAUGUAUAAAUGCAUAUCUGAAAGGUAGGAAAUGCCACCCUCAAAAACAUCCCCUUGCUUUGGGCAGCUCUUAAAUAUUAAGACUUCUUUGAUCUCUUACACAGAGAGAGAGAGAUCUGAGUGCAGUUGGUACAAUAUGUUGGUGUCUUCACCACUGCGUCUUCUCACCCUUCAAAACUGUAAUUCACGGUAGCAGCCACAUUUCUUUUUGAAAGAACUGUUGUAAUUUAUUUAAAUGCUUAAAAACCCCUCUAAGAUGAGUAAACAACCGUUUGUUUCCUCUACCACCCACCUGAUUUCUCCUUUAGCAGCAUUUUUAUCUCUAGCUUUACUUCCCUCCAUUAGCACUCUGAGAAGACAUUUCAUAAAACAGUGUGCACUACCUAAAUAAAGCCAGAUGGGAAAGCGCAGUCUUGUUCUUCAUGCAAUAACAAACUUCCUGUUAGUUUACAACUACUUGCCAUUUCCUUUUUAUUACUAAUAUUCUAACCCUUUUCUUGGCCUUUCCCCCCCGUCCUGCCAAACCCUUGAGUCAUUUGCUACUGGAAAUUUGAACGGUCUAUUUAAAAUAACUUAGUUCCUAGAUGGCUUUGUGACUUCAGUCCUUACGACUGUCUCAAAAUACUCUGCUCCCUUUUUCUUUUCUGUUCACGGGACAUAAUACCUAGGCAAGUAGGAACUGGGUUUGGUGUUUCUCCUAAAAUAAUGCUCAAUACUUACCUAAUCAAAUGGCAUCCAUUUGAAUAAAAUGACAGUAACUAAAGCUAGUUAAUGUCAGUGACAUUAAACUAACUCCAGAAUUCAGGAGUUUUAAUGUUAGAACUUAGAGUUAGCAGAUUGAGCACAGCUUCAUUUCUCCAUGGUAGCCUGUCUCCUGACCCCUUUAAUAGCCUGUCUUCCUGCCAUCAAAGGUGACGACAGUAGUACUCCACUUAGCUUAUAUUCUCCUGUGCGUGUGCUUUGUGGUUAGCCAACUGUUCCAGAGUUUUGAGACCAUUCUUCUUCUUUUUUAUGUCACAGAGGUAGCAUUGGUGUUUGGGGUUGUUUUGUUUCUUUCUGUGGUUGAAUUUUUUUGUUUCUGUUCUUUGAGUAAGGCUUAUCUUAUUUUUGGUUAAUAUUCAGUGUCACAGAAAAAGUAACUCCCCCCCCUUUUUUUUUCAAAAUUCAUUAUUUAGCACUGAAAUGAGAUUAACUUGGGAAUCGUUUAUCUUGAUACUCUUGAGGAUUUGUUACCCUUGUGCAUAUAAGGUUAAUUUGUGAAAGUUUUACUGCUAAGCUGUUCUGUCUCUGUACCAUUGGAAAGUUGUAGAAACUCUGCCAUGAUCUGACCAUGAUCUGAUGCUUUAUUUAAGGAGCUGCUGUUGCCUCCGGGAAACUUAAGUAUUUUGUAUAGGGUUUUUUUUUUUUUUUUCCUUCGUUUUUCCCUCUUUUCUUUGCUGCUCAUAUUUGUUCUUCAAACCGGUGUUUUGGAAGUAUGCAUGCAAGCCUGUAAAUGGAGACCACAGCUCUUCAUGUGUGUAGCAUGUGUAUUACUGUCUAGCCCCGUCUGCAAAAAAACUUCCCUCACAGAGGUUUGGACUAACAUUUCACAUGCACAUUUCAAAACAGUGUCAGAUAAACAGCCCCUUCACCUGCCAAGAAGAGCAGAAUGGGCUACUUUUGCCCCGAGGACAGCCAGUAUUUGUUCUGGAAGUGAGUUUAAUACGUGUUGCACCACAUUAUGACUAGGAGAAUGCAAGAAAUAAAGCAAAAGAAAACGAUUUUCAUGAAAAUCUUUUUCCUCAGUCAUUGUCCUCCACUAUAAGUGAAAAUGGAAAAUUUUUGAACACCACACUGUCUGAGGCACUACCUGAUUUUUAAAUGUGUGGCAGUCAUUGAAGAGCAGCUAAAUUUCUCCUGCCACUAGGUAGUUCAAGAAAACCUAAAAUACCCCAAGUAAAAAUUAUUUGUGUUUUAAAAUGACUGUUUGCACCAGCAAAACUCUGAUUUUGUGUGCAUGGGAAGGAUGUCUUGGCUACGUGCAGGCAGUCCUCUUUACACGCACUGUUUUUCCUGUUUGCAAUGACAAACAGGCUGACACUAGUCUCUUUGAUUUAAAAAAAAAAAAUCAUAGUGUCGAUUCGAUCAAGGUAUAACCACUGUCAAUACUUAGGAGAAGCUUAAAAAAGACCAUAAGCUGGCAUUGGAAGGAACACCAUGGUAGACUUUUUUGUAAAUUUAUUUUGUAUUUAAUUAAAUACGGUAUAAAGGCUGGUGAAGUGUAAUAUAAUUGUGUAAACAAAUCCUGUUAAUAGAGAGAUGUACAGAUUCGUUUUGUACUGUAUCUUGAAACUUGUGAAAUAAAGACUCCACCUCUGGUUA